AUGCCGGGUGUGCAGAUAUCAGAGGGAGGGCAGCUGCAGUUGGAGCGCCAGUGGGGCCCCAUGGGUCAUCCAGUCCAAUCUGCAGGGCCCAGAUUUUCCAGCUGGGCAGACAGAUGUUCUCUGGGGCCCAAUGCGGAGAAGGUGGUUUGCAGAGGGACCCCUGGUGGACAGCGGCAUAGUGAGGGGGGCACGGGGGGCUGGAGCCCGGGGCGCCGCUCUCUAGGGGGUGCCUUGCAGGGCCAAGCCUCGCCCUCCACAACUGCACCCAACCGUGUGGAGUUGUGGUCAGUGGCCACCCGGGAGGGGGAGGGGCAGUGGCUCAGUGGUGGAGCCUCUGCUGUCCAUCGAGAAGGUCCCAAACUGCGCUGCGGAGAGGCGCACGUCGAUGGCGAGGGCAUCAGGUGGAAUUUAGCUGCCGUUGUGGUAUCCACUGGCUCAGCGUGGCUUUCAUUACGGGUAAUUGCUCGGCCCUCGGAUUUGGCUCCUGCCGUUUCCCAGACAGCUCCGACAGGGAGGCGGAACAGAGAGCGAGGGGGAAAUUCCGCUGAAAUGGCAGCUGGCAGUCGGAGCACGGUUGAAGGACAGGUGGUGGCUUUGCUCGUUCAAAAUCUGGAGCGCCUGGACGAGAACGUCAAGGAAGAAGCAGACGGCGUCCAUAACACUUUGGCUAUCAUUGAGAACAUGGCGGAGUUCCGGCCGGAGAUGUGUUCGGACGCUGCCCAGCAAGGGCUAAUGCAGUGGCUACUCAAGAGGCUGAAGGCCAAGAUGCCUUUCGAUGCCAACAAGCUCUACUGCAGUGAAGUCCUGGCUAUUCUGCUCCAGAACAAGGACGACAACAGGGAAUUGCUGGGGGAACUAGAGGGGAUCGAUGUGCUGCUUCAGCAAUUGUCGGUGAGUAAUUCGCCGCCCUCCCGCCCGCCGCGGCAGCGCUGGAGCCGAGUUCCAGUAGCCCCUGAACCCAAUUCCUCCACACUGACUCCCAUUAACAAAGUCUUCUUUUGCAGGGAGAAGAAAAUCUCCAGAAGCAGCGCCUUGAAAGUCCUGGAUCACGCCAUGAUCGGGCCGGAGGGGGCAGACAACUGCCACAAGUUUGUGGACAUUCUUGGCCUGAGGACCAUCUUCCCACUGUUCAUGAAGUCUCCAAAGAAAGUCAAGAAGGUCGGCACCUCGGAGAAGGAGCACGAAGAGCACGUCUGCUCCAUCCUGGCUUCGCUCCUGAGGAACCUGCGGGGACAGCAGAGGACCCGCCUGCUCAACAAGUUUACGGAGAACGACAGCGAGAAGGUUGAUAGACUGAUGGAACUGUAUUUCAAGUACCUGGAUGCAAUGCAAGUAGCCAAUAAGAAGAUAGAAGGCGAAAAGCAUGACAUGGUGCGCCGUGGGGAGAUCAUUGACGAUGACCAGGAAGACGAGUUCUACCUGCGCCGUCUGGACGCCGGCCUCUUUGUCCUCCAGCUCAUCUGCUACAUCAUGGCGGAGAUCUGCAGUAGCAACAUUGCCCAGAUCCGCCAGAGAGUCCUUCAGAUCCUGAACAUGCGCGGGAGCUCCGUCAAGAUUGUUCGGCACAUCAUCAAAGAGUACGCAGAGAACAUCAGCGACGGGAAGAAUCCGGAAUAUCAGGAGAGCGAGCAAAAGAGGAUUGCGGAGCUGCUGGAGAAUUUCUGAGGACCCCGUCGACAGCCUCCCCCUCGGACGUGUCCUUCCCGGACCUGCGAAGGGGCUGGCUGAAGAAACCGAGCUUCUCUGAGCUUUAUAAGAUAUUAAAGUUUGGUGUGUGUUUUUUU